CCGCACCCUGGGCGGAUGCCCGAAGACUCCGCCUUCCCAGGAGCCCCUGCGGCCGCGCGAAGAUGGCGGCGGCGUCCGGAGAGCUCUAAAGCACCCGCGAUGGAUCCUUCCCCGGCGCUGGGGCCGGAGCGGCUCUUUGACUCUCACCGGCUCCCGGGUGACGGCUUCCUGCUCCUCGCGCUGCUGCUCUAUGCUCCCGUCGGGUUCUGCCUCCUUGUCCUGCGCCUCUUUCUUGGGAUCCACGUCUUCCUGGUCAGCUGCGCUCUACCGGACAGUGUCCUUCGCAGGUUCGUGGUGCGGACCAUGUGUGCGGUGCUGGGGCUCGUGGCCCGGCAGGAGAACUCCGGACUCCGGGAUCACCGCGUCAGGGUCCUCAUUUCCAACCACGUGACACCUUUCGACCAUAACAUAGUCAACUUGCUCACCAGCUGUAGCACCCCUCUACUCAAUAGUCCCCCAAGUUUUGUGUGCUGGUCUCGGGGCUUCAUGGAGAUGGAUGGGCGGGGGGAGUUGGUGGAGUCACUCAAGAGAUUCUGUGCUUCCACGAGGCUUCCCCCCACCCCUCUGCUGCUAUUCCCUGAGGAAGAGGCCACCAAUGGCCGGGAGGGGCUCCUGCGCUUCAGUUCCUGGCCAUUUUCUAUUCAGGAUGUGGUACAACCUCUUACCCUGCGAGUCCAGAGACCCCUAGUCUCUGUGACGGUGUCCGAUGCCUCCUGGGUCUCAGAACUGCUGUGGUCACUCUUCGUCCCUUUCACGGUGUAUCAAGUAAGGUGGCUCCCGCCUGUUCAUCGCCAGCUUGGAGAGGGGAAUGAGGAGUUUGCUGUCCGUGUACAACAGCUGGUGGCCAAAGAAUUAGGCCAGACAGGGACACGACUCACUCCAGCAGACAAAGCAGAGCACAUGAAACGACAAAGACACCCCAGGUUGCGCCCUCAGUCAGCCCAGUCUUCUUUCCCUCCCUCCCCUGGCCCUUCUCCUGAUGUGCAGCUGGCAGCUCUGGCUCAGAGAGUCAAGGAGGUUUUACCCCAUGUGCCACUGGGCGUCAUCCAGAGAGACCUGGCCAGAACUGGCUGUGUAGACUUGACCAUCACUAAUCUGCUUGAGGGAGCUGUAGCGUUCAUGCCUGAAGAUAUCACUGAAGGGACCCAGUCCCUUCCCACAGUCUCCGCCCCCAAGUUCCCCAGCUCUGGCCCGGUGACCCCUCAGCCCACAGCCCUCACAUUUGCCAAGUCCUCUUGGGCCCGGCAGGAGAGCCUACAGGAGCGAAAGCAGGCACUCUAUGAAUAUGCAAGAAGGAGAUUCAGAGAGAGACAGGCCCAGGAGGCUGACUGAGCACAGGAUGGCACCCAGAGCCGCAGGACGGAGACUGGGGGCAGCCCUCACCCCACUUACAACUGGCUGGAAGGGUGGGUGGUAAAAAGGGAGGGAUGGGGCUCCCCCCAAAAUCACAUUAAAUUCAGGGUUUUCACUCAA